AUGAGUUUGGAGGUGCUCGUGGGUGUACUCGAUUUUCAAAUAAGAAAAUUGCUGAUCUGUUUUCCCAGCCUGGUACCAACUCUCGACUUGAUUGACGAAGAAGAAAUCGGUGCGAUCUCCGCUUCCCAAGGCCAGAGGAGAAAGAAGAAAGUCAAGGGAAUGAGAAAGAAAGAUGAAUUCAAGGGCAAAGCAAGCCAUCAAUCAACUUUUAUGAAUUCACUUCGCUUCGUUUGUGCCGAAGAGCCCUCUCCUCUCCUUAGAAAACCUAAUCCCCAAAUCUGUCGUCUCCUCUCCUCUCCUCUCGCUCCAUCGCUUUGCCUCCUCGGGGACGGCGUGGCUCCGGCCGGUGUGCUUGCAGAUAACUACAAAAGAGUGAUUAAAAAAGAAAGAAAGAGUCCCAUAAUCUCUAUAAGAUUAAACUUUGCUGCAUUGGAUUAUAAAUAUGUAAGCUUAGCAGGAGGAUUGUACUUUCAGCCACUUCCAUGGAGUUUGAGAAUGAAGAUUGCUCUUAAUGCUGCAAGAGGGCUCGCCUUUCUCCAUAGUGACGAAAUAAAAGUAAUAUACCGGGACUUCAAGACUUCUAACAUCUUUCUCGACUCGAACUACAGCGCGAGGCUGGCUAGGGACGGGCCCACUGAUGAUAAGAGUCAUGUCUCGACUCGGGUCAUGGGAACUUACGGAUAUGCAGCUCCCGAGUAA